GCGUGCCGGAGGAGAACGUUACGGACGAGCAGAAGGAAAUGGAUGAUAAGGUGAUCAGCCCUGAGAAAGCUGAAGAAGCAAAAUUAAAAGCUAGAUAUCCACACCUGGGGCCUAAGCCUGGAGGGUCAGACUUCUUGAGAAAACGACUUACAAAAGGACAAAAAUAGUUUGAUUCUGGGGACUACAACAUGGCCAAGGCGAAAAUGAAGAACAAGCAACUUCCAGCAGCUGCUCCGGACAAAACAGAAGUCACUGGUGAUCAUAUUCCUACUCCACAGGACCUUCCGCAGAGGAAACCUUCUCUGGUUGCCAGCAAGUUGGCUGGUUGAUCAACUCGCCUAUCUGCAUGAAACCACCUCAUUCCCAUUUAUUUUCUGCCUUUUUUUCACUUUGUUUCCUUUUUUU